UUAAUUUGGGGCCGCCGAACCAAUCGAGUAGGCAUUGGCCGUCCGGAACUAGUGACGAGUGGACGUUCAGAUUGGUAGAUAGUGGUUGAUUUGAGUUGAAGCUAAAGAGUUUGAGUUUUUUUUUUGUGAUAACAUGAUGAAGUUAGUGAUUUUGGGAUUGUUGGCUUGUAGCCAGGUCGUCCUGUCGAACCCGAUUGGCGAACCGUCUGCCGCGCAACCCCAGGACCUGGACGAGCUGGCCGUCCUGACCGAGUUCGACCGGCUGUUCAACCAGCUGCACUACGACAUCGACUACAAGCUGCGUAUCUACCGCAUGAACCACUCCCGGGACCUGAAGAACCUGAACGCGCAGUUCAUCUCCCGGUACGGGUUCGUCAUCACCGACAUCCAGCACAAGAAGCAGCAGGUCAAGGAUGCCAUCCUGGAGCACGCCCUGGACAUCGGAGACACCCAGAACCCGUGCAUCGUGGAGAAGAACGACGAAGCGAUUCGCAGGGCUACGCAGGCCGCUCGGGAUCUGAGCGUGGCCGCGGAGAAGAUCUACGGCGACAUGGCCACGAUUACGCGGGUCUAUUUCUACCCGAUCGUGAAGGACUUCCAGCAGACCUCGAGCGAGUUCCAGUGGGCUGUGCUGGAGGUGUUGUCGCGGGACAAUGCGGUGACGGGACUGCAGCUGGCUCUUGCUGACCUGUCCUUCAAGUAUAUGGCCAACGCCAACAUGGUGAACCGGGUGGUGGACAACCUGGACUACGAGCUGGAAGGCUUCCAGGACAUCAUCAACUCGCUGCGCCGUGGGGCGUUCAAGGAGAUCGACGACAUCGGACGGAACUACGUGUUCAACAUGGAGCAACUGCUGACCGAUGCGUUGACGUGCUAGGUUUAGGUGCUAUCGAUUUCGUCUAGUGCAAGAUGUGAAGGGUUCAAUAAAGAAAUGAUUUUAAAAAUAGA